AUGGAUUUGUUAAAAACUCCAUCUAUUCAAUCAUUAUUAGAUUCCGAUAUUGAGUCCGUUGAAAGUCUUAAUUACGUGGAUAUCGAAGAGCUUGAUGAAGUUGAGUAUGCAUUACCAGUCAGUGAGGCACCUACAUUAGCAGAAGUUUUAUCUGCUGGAGGAGAUGAGGAAAUUGAAGGAAUUAAAAAAAUCAAAAUCAAUAAAGAGCCUGCAACUUGUUCAGCACUCCAAGUCGAAUUUUUACAAGCUAUUUCUCAACAAUUAACACAGGCACAAGAAAGAUCACUGGCAGGUGCAGCAACAGCUUUAAGUGUUGGUAACAAUGGGAAGACAACUGUAGGCACUGCCCAUGGCCACCUGUUAUCAUUCCAAGACCAAACCUUACGAUGGGUCUGUGAUUCAAACGAGGAUUGCGGUGCGGUAACCUGUUUGGCAUACAAUAAUGACAGUACCCGGCUUUUAGCUGGAUAUGCAAGGGGCCUUGUUCAUCAAUAUGAAAGCAUUAAAGGAGUUAUAUUGAGACGUGUGACACUAGGAGGUGAAACGUGGGGCGCACUACGUAUAACGUGGGCAGGUACUUCUGGCCUAGCACUUGACACAGGCGGCUCUGUCUGGCUGAUGAAGUUCUCUAGACCACUAGGGGUGCGCUCUGCUCGCGUCUCCUGCCUUUUCUCUGGUGCGCGAGGAGAAGUUGUGGCAAUGAACGCUCUUGAUGCCCGUAUCUUGGCUUUGGCGACACUUUCUCGCGUGAUUAUUGUUGCCGGUGGUCGGGCGGCUGGAGUCAGAUUGGAAGACCCCCCCGAUUCCUUACCUGUUUUAGAAUGGUAUGAAGUUGACAACAGAAUACUCAUUUGUGCGCAGUUUAAUGUACUACAAUGGAUCUCUGUCAAUGUGACGGGAACGGCUAUAUCUUUACGGCCGAUACAAAAAAUGAAACUUAAUUCAAUACCACUCUGGAUGGGCUGGCUCGGCGGCAGCCUUGCGAUUUUUGACGCCGAUGAAAAUCUGCGCUUAUGGGGUGAUGAUUAUGAUAAUCCAUUGGACCUUUCUCACAUCGAGCCCGUGUAUUCUUCAGCGUUUUUUAAGGGCCUUUGGACGGACGGUCGUGUGUCCCUAGCGAUGUGCAAAGCGGGCGAGAGUGCACUAGCCGGGGUGUGUGUUGCGGAGGGCUCCCUGUCACUGCUCGGUCGGAAGGGGAUCAUGCGGAUACGGCCGCGUGACGUAAUCGCAAGAACUCAGGCGUUCGUCUUGUCCGGCCGCCAUUUGCAGGCCUUGAGGUUGCUGUGCUCCUCGCAGGGCCCCAACGCUAAGACAUUGGCCAACGACAUCGUCAAUAUGUUAUCAGAGAAACCCCACGUGUUAAGCAACAAGAAUGUCGCGGUGCAUGCCAUUAAACUGUGUUUAAAGUUCAACUUGAUCGAUGAAUUAUGGUCUAGUCUUUGGGAGAAUUGCUCUAGUGAAAAGGCCUUUGUGGAAGCGUUGGGCGAUGCUAUAGUGCGUGGGGAGUUUUCCGAAACGCCUCCAACACCUGAUUAUACACAGGCGCUCAUAGAGAGAUUGGCGGAUUUCGAGCCAGACCUCGUGGAGAGGGUUGUGGCUUCGCGAUUGACGGCAGCGCGGGGCGCGAUGCGCACACUGGCGGCGCACGUGUCGGGCGGGUGCGGGGCGGGGGGGGGGGGGGGGGGGCGGUGCCGGUGCGCGGGGGGCGCGCUGCUGCUGGCCGCCGCGGACGCGCUGGCGGGCCGCGGCGCCGCCGGCCGCCCGCUGCCCGAGCACGCGCGCCCCCUGGCGAGGCACGACGCCCUGCUCACGCUGCUCCUCGAGAUGGACAAUGGAGUUUCGCCGCUGGAGGUGUUGGUGCGUCACGACGCGGUGGCGGCGGUUCGACUUUUGGAGCAGAGCGCCCGCGAGCCGCCCUUCGCUGGGCCCCUCGCCAAGCAGAACCGCCUGCGAGUGGCCCGAGCCCUCCUCGCCAUCGCGCCCAACUCUCAGGACGCGACUUGUCGUAUCGAGAUAUUAGAAUUUAUUAGUAAUCAGCUUCAAUCGGGGGCGUUGCCCCUAGACCAGGAAGUUAUAAAAGGCGUUAAAGAAUUGGCAGCUGAUACCGUAGGCGAGCGGUCGGACCGCGCGUGGCUGGCUCUCAUGACUCGCCUCCGUUCGCAGAGGGAUAACUCUCUCGUCAAUUAUCGUGACGUGAUUCAAAGGCCAAGGGUACAAUGGCGGUUCGACGUUCUACUAGAUCGCCACGAGAACAAUCUAGAUGAGUUUUUCAAAAUCGAAAAUCCCUCCCCAUUGGACAUUGACGAACUUUUCGAAUACAUCCUAUCGAGGUUCGAGGUGGACGACAGCAUAAAGGCCCGUCUGCAACCGCACCUCCGAUCCCUCAUAAAGUUACGGUCACAGGCUUCGGCCGCCAUUGUUAAAGAUCACUACGAAAACUCCAUUGCGAGCAUUCUGGCCGACCUGGACGGGGAGACCGCCCUGGCAUUCGGCGAGUGUCUGCUCGACAUGGCGUGCCUGAAGGGCGACGCGGCCGCCUUGUACUUGCGCCGGCUGUGCGCGUCACGUCCGGCGGAUGCGAAGAGUUUCUUGAAGAACAGCGCGGGCAUCGUCCGUCCCGAGGACGCUCUGGCGAUCGUCAAGGAACUGGGUCCGCGUGAAGCGGUGCCACUGUGCCUCGAGGCGACCGGAGACCCGUCCGGCGCGCUCGACGCCCUACUGGAACUGAUCGCUUCGAACGGCGACAGCAAGGCGCGCCACGUGGCGGAGGCGUGCGAUCUGUGCGUGCGCGUCGCGCCCACCGUGCCGGCCGACGUGUCCACCGCGCUGUGGACCCGGCUGCUGCGGCGCGUCGACGAGGUGCCCGCCUCGCUGCUCUUCGAGGCGAUCGCCUACUUGCCGGUGGACGAGCUGCUGGUCAAGACGUGCGACUCGCCGCGCGUGGCGCUCACUAUACUCGGCAGCGGGGCGGGCAGGCGGCGCGUGUGGGGGUGCGCCAGGCGGAUCGCCGAGCGGGAGGCGCACGGCGCUCUGGCGGCGGCGCUGGCGGCGGCGCGGCGCGGCCUCGCAGUGAGGGGCGAGUGCAGGCGCUGCGGCGAGCGGUUGGCGUCGCGGACGGCGGUGCGCACGGCGCACUGCUCCCGGACCUUCCACGCGGACUGCGAGGCGGAGGCGACGUGCCAGGCGUGCGGCAAGCGCGUGCCGGCCGCGGCCUUCGUGCUGCCGCCGCUCAGCCGCCGGCUCGCCCCCGCGACGCCCCAGGAGUGGCCGCUGCUGCUGGCCGCCCCGCCGCGGCCCGAUCUCGAGGGCGUCGCG